AUGUCUAAAGAUAUCUACCCCAUCGCUGUGGCUCAUUAUGGCGCUAAGGCCAUAGUAGCCAAAGCAUUUUACCAGGAAAAGGACUAUAGAAGCCCACGCCCAUCAGAUUUCAGUUCUACAACCAACUACAAUGUGAAAACUCCACAGGACCUGUCUGACGUUCUCGAGUCCACUGCAUACCUGGGUAUGGUGAAGGAUACGCCCGUCACCCUCAAUAACACCAGCUGGAACUGUCGUUACUGGGUCAUUUCAGCCUUGGAGCGUCUCCAGAAUAAAGGGUACAGCGUUGAGGCGAAGUCAUUGACCGACCUCCUGCGAGAGCUGGACGAAGUCGUAAGAGAGGACGCGUAG